AUGGCCCUCGCAGCUCCCAGCACCGACGCCCAAGUCCUGAUCGCAGAAGAGUCAAGUCCAGAACAGACAUUCCGAACCUUCACAACAGAAACCGCCUGGACUCUCGGCAAUGCCCUCCGCACCCGAAUCCUCUCUCUCCCGUCCAACAAACGCAAACCGGCUCUGAUUUCCAUCGCAUUGGCAACAGCAACAUCCGGCGGCGUUCCGCUCCACGUGCUCUUCCAAAGCGCAACAGAGAGCGGUACCAUUCCCGAUAAUGAGAACUGGGUGCGACGUAAGCGCAACACCGUCUUGCGCUGGGGUGUUUCUAGCUGGGCAAUGAGACAAAAGACAAUUGGUGGACUGGUUGCGGGCGCGUCAGCUGAUCAGAUUGAGGCGGCGUUCGUGAAGAAAUAUGCUAUUGCUAGUGCAAACGGGGGCGCCGUUGCUGAUGAGUAUGCUAUCCAUGGCGGCGGAUAUCCUAUUCGUGUUAAGGGCGUUGAGGGCAUCGUCGCUGUUGUUGUUGUUAGUGGGUUGAAACAAGAGGACGAUCAUCAGGUUGUUGCUGAGACUGUUCGGGAUAUUGUUGCCCAGCAGAACUAG